GCGGGGGGAAAGGAGAAGAAUGUACAGUAUUAAUGACGGAUUAGACCGUUCAUACAUAGAAAUGUUGCCUUUGGACAUCGUACAAGCGGCACUAGGACCACGCGGGGAGGGGCGAUAUUUCGCCUCUUUUAUUGGGUUUAAGCGACCUCAGUUUUGUACUCAGGCAAUUCAACGAAGGACAUGGAUGCCGUAUGAUAUGUUGAAACAAAGACCCUACAAAAGGAGCUGUAUUUGAAGAACAGGCGGUUAAAAGUAUUGUAUAUGUUAUUUCGGCGACCUGUCACGCACUGUUCAGUUCAUACCUUCGCAGACGAGAUGGGAAUAAACCUGGAGACGCGGAUACCCAGUGAACUUCAAGACGGGGAAAUUGGGAUUUGGGUUUAAGCAAGCCGUCUUCAUUAUCAGCACAGCUUGAAGUUAAGUAGCCUAUCCUCAGACUUUUUCACACAGAGUGGCUUGCGUAAAGUUGUGGCGCACUGGCCAAACAUUGUUGCUCAUGUAUGCUUGAUAUAUGAAUUCCAUUUUAUGGGGAUGCUUCCAAAAAAAUUACAUUUGACAAAAUCCGUAAUUGGUGAAUGCUAAUGCACAAAAAUACGUGAACACAAUGGAACUCUGUCCCAUAUAGUUGCCAUUUGCGCAAGUGCAGUGCACAGGACAGUUGAUUGUACAACCGCAAUGGGAAAGUGAGGCUAGGUAAACACUGUUUGUUUUACUGGAUUUUAACAACAACGCAAGGCGUAGGCAGUGUUGGUUGGACAUCUAUUCAUGAUGUGAGAGUCUACAAAAGUCGAAGUUGGGGGUUCUCAGGACAAAGGGAUGUUCUUGGAAGCAGGUUAUGCGCAGGGAAUUCCUCAGGUGUCACACAGGGGUGUCCUUGAUUUGCGCUGAUGAUAAGGGACCUGUAGAGCACUACUCAAGUGAUUUUCUGUAUCUAGUAUAGCCUCUUACAGAUGAGCUAAAAACGUAAUUUAAAUAUCAAUAGGUGCAUCACGUAUUUGGCAAGAGUAAAAGUAUGGCUAUAUAAUGUCAUGGGAUCCUUAACUAAAAAUAAAUAAAUAAAUAAAACACAGAAGAAUAUUUUACACAACAGAUUUCUUAAAUAAAAAUAAAUUUCUAAUAACAUUCUGCUGCCUAAAUGCACUAUAUGUCUGACGCAGUUUUAGUGCAUUUUUAAAACCCCGCUCUUUUUACCGAAGACUCGAAGCGUCUUUUUAACGUCCAUCCUGACCUACACGCAGUGCACGUACAUGAAUGUAUACGAAUGACUGCCACUAAGAUCAAAAUCGAUGUUUAUCACACAGUUGUAACUUAAGUACAAAUUGUACAAAUAGAACUAUAUUGAUUAGAUACGUUUUAACUUUAAUGUAUGAAACGCACAUCAUGGACUUCAGAGUAGCGCCAUGUUUAAUUUUUGACGGAAUGUAAAGGAGGCUGAGGGAAUAAAGUAGGGUGGCACUGUUGUAUACAUUUAUAUUGACGGCUAAGAAGACGAGUUGGGAACAAAAAUCCUGUCAAAAAUGUUAUAAAUGUUCCGUGUUCGAUACAAGUAAAGCUCAAUCGAUAACAUUUGUGUCAUUAUGUUGAUAUAAUUUCAACAUGUCCCUCGUUUAAGCUAUUUAAAAAAUAAAUAAAGCAAAAACUUGUUAAAUGUGAAGUCAGUUUUGUUUUGUUUAUGUCGUCUUGGACUUAGACACUGACACCUAGGAGUGAAGAUGAAGCAUCCUUCUAAAACAACAGUUUUCAGUUACUGGUGCCGCUUUAGAAGUUUACUAUUCACAGUCAGCAGCAACUAAUAUAAUCCAUGAGUGUCCAAUAACAGGACGCUUACUGAGAUUAAGCAAGUAGUAUUCGGCUGGUCAUGUGAUACUAACAUGGCAGCCCCCAUGAGGGGACCCUCUCCAUGUAGAUUUAAACAGCUUUUAUUAUGUUACUACUUACAUGACUGAAUUCUUCAUGUCAUCUAAGUGCAUAUGAUUUCAUACAUAUUGUUCUAAAAUACUAUUAUAAUACUAUUAUAUAUUUGACCGUAAAACCUUUUUAUUGCAAAAAAAAUAUUACUGAGUGUACCUAUAACAUGUGUAAUGUUUUACUACUUUUGAAAUACUUUUGUAUUUUAAUGAUUAUGGGCAGUCCCCAUUUAUUUCCACUGCAAUUUUUUUAUUCAAAUAAUUAUUUUCUGUGAUAAUCAACAUUGUGUUGAUUGAGCUUAAAACUGUACUGAACUUAGAACAUUUACUUAAGCCUUUGUAGAUGAACCAAAUGUGGUAAUUCAUUAAACUAGCAUUAAACAACAGUAACCUUAGGAAUAUUUACAAAUUGGAGGACACCUUGACACACUAUGCUAUCCAGUUUUAUUUCACACUUGCAUGUGUUUGUUUUUUGCUAAUAGGUUGCAUAGAUACCAACCAUGGUGCCUAACCGGAGAUUGGGUCUGUCCCAUCCUUGCUGUAAUAGCUUGCUUUUCUUACUACUCCUGCCCAGCUCAGUUUCAGUGAGAGAACCUCCCCACCAGUCCCAUGCCAUCCUCCCUUCACUGAUACCUCAUGCUACUCAUCCACUGUCCCGUUCCAGCUUUAGUGCCAAAGCUCAGCUGGACCUCACCACUCACUGCAAUGAAAGCUGCUACCACAAAGGAGAAGACACAGAUAAAGAACACCUAACUGAGCAGCUAGCUUUCGAAACACUUUAUGCAGAUGGCUCCCGUACUUUAACCACUAUUGAUUUGGAUGAAAAUGACAAUGCUGUUGAUGCUGAACCUCAUUUUAGGUGGCCUAAAGUAGCACCUUCCAGACAUAAGCGGCUCAGACGGCAAAUUUAUGGUUCUGAUGGGCGCUUUAAUAUUCGUGGUGACCACUUCUUACUGGACUACCCAUUCUCCACAGCUGUUCGCAUUUCCACUGGUUGCACUGGAGUUCUGGUGUCACAGCAACAUGUUCUUACUGCAGCCCACUGUGUACAUGAUGGGAAAGACUAUGUUAAAGGAGCAAGAAAACUUAGGGUAGGCUUUCUACUCCCUCCUUUUGUUAACAACACAAAGCCUGGUCAGGCUCCUGUAAAGAAACCUUUGGUGCGUUGGGUGAGAGUGAAACGGACACGGGUACCUAAAGGUUGGAUCCAAGGUCCCCAAGAGGUCAGCAUGGAUUUUGAUUAUGCACUUUUAGAGUUACGCUGGCCUCACAGGCACCCUUUUAUGCGACUGGCUGUGGCACCCACCUCAGACCAUUUGGCUGGUAAGCGCAUCCACUUCUCUGGAUUUGACAGUGACCGGCAUGGGGAACUGGUGUACCGCUUCUGUCCAGUGGAAGAUGAGUCCAAUGAUCUGAUCUACCAGCACUGUGAUGCCCGCCCAGGGGCGAGUGGUUCUGGGGUUUAUGGACGUGUUUGGGACAACGCUUUAGAGCGCUGGGAGCGCAAGGUCAUUGGCAUCUUCUCUGGACACCAGUGGCUGGAAAUAAAUGGCGAGAAUCGUGACUACAACGUGGCGGUUCGCUUUACUCCACUAAAGUUUGCUCAGAUCUGUUAUUGGGUUCAUGGAAAUAAGGUGGACUGCAGUCAAAACUGAAUACAUGAAGAUGAGAGAAAACAUGCAGCAGAAUACAAGAAUGAUAUUUGAAUGGACAAAAUAUGACGCCUGAUUUGGAUACCUGCACUUUACAGUGUCUUACAGUUUUUAUGGGUGUGGCUACUGAAUUUGGGACAACUGCAUGUAGAUCACAACCCACAGGCUUUGAUCACUCUUUAUUUCACUUGGGUUAGAUCUCAGAACUGGAACUUUUUCAACCACUAUCUUUGCUUUUUGCUUACCAUACUGCCAGUGUUACACAGAGCUUUAGACUCAGGCCAACAUCACAGUACAUUUAUCUUUGGUCUUUCCUAAUGUUAAAUAGAUAUCUGAUCGUAGUUCGAUACUUCUCUCACAGGCUUGCUUUGUUCAAAUUACACAUAACAGAAGCUUCAUACUGCUGUUUGUACUUUUAGAGAGUAGGAUUGGGAUGGAGUCAGGUAAUGUUAGUCUGUGAUGCAAACCUUAUAUCUCGUGUCUAAUCACUUGGUCUUUGUUUUUGGUUAACACAAGAUUAACAUACAGAGAGUGUUUGUGUAUUUUGUGACUUAAGAGGCAGAAGAGUAAUGCUUCCUAAAUUCCCUUCCCUGAACAUCUGUUUGGUCUCUUUGAACAUAAUUUUUUUUUUCUUGAAUAUGAUUACUAAAAUAACAUAAAAUAGAUUAAUGUGAGAUGUAUUAUGGGAGCAAUGGCAAGCUGAGAGAGCAUAUUAUACAGUAUAAUAUAUUUAAAGCAUGGAUGCAAAAAUCUUAUUUUUGAUAGACUUACAUUCUGAUCUAUAUUCAAGUCAAGACUACAACUGACGCUUCUGCAUUCAUCAUUUCCAUAAAAGACACACAAUGGUAAUGGUAGUAUCUAUUGUGAAAUUCUUAGGCUAUCCCUUGUUUUUGGAUGAAUAUAAAGACUGGACUCUUAACAGAAAGGUUGUGGGGUAAAUGUUGUAUAUAAUUCUAUUUCAAAAAGCUUUAGUUUUAAUAAACUAAAAUAUUUCUGCUGUUUUUGCUGUUCUAUUCAUUGUAGUUGUACAUUGUAGUGUAGUUGUCUGCUGAAGAAAAAAAUAUAAUCUGAUU